AUUAAACGCCAAACGCGUCUUCUCUUUUUCUCUGUCUCUCGUACUUGCUGCAAAAAAAAAAUAAAAAUGUCAGGCUAUCCCAAUCCAAAUUCUCACGGCUACGGUUACAGCGCUCCGCCGCCGUCUCAGCCGUACAGCGUUCCACCGCCGUCCCAGUCUUACAGCGUUCCGCCGCCGUCGCAGUCUUACAGCGUUCCGCCGCCGUCCCAGGCGUACUCCUCAGCUCCCUACGGCGUUCCACCGCCAUCUUCCGCAUACGGGGCCCCACCACCGGGCCAAUCUCCUUACGCGCCCGUAGCCUCUCCGUACUCGGCGCCCUCGGCCCCGUACGCGUCCGAUCCCAGCAAGCCCCCCAAGGAGAACAAACCCCAAUCCUCUGGCCAUUAUGGCGGUGGUGGUGGUUACCCUACCCCUCCCCCUUCCGCGCCAUACGGCAGUGCCCCGCCCUUUGGUUCUCACGCCCCCUCCAAUUUCCCGCCCGGCACCGAUCCGAACGUGAUGGCUUGCUUUCAGAUGGCCGAUCAGGAUGGGAGCGGCUUGAUCGACGACAAGGAGCUGCAGAGGGCGCUUUCCUCGUAUAAUCAGAGCUUUAGCUUGAGGACAGUUCAUCUUCUCAUGUAUCUGUUCACCAACACCAACACCCGAAAAAUUGGUCCAAAAGAAUUUACUGCAGUCUUCUACAGUCUACAAAACUGGAGGGCAAUUUUUGAGAGAUUUGACAGGGAUCGGAGUGGCAAAAUUGAUACUACAGAAUUAAGGGAGGCCCUCUUGAGCCUGGGAUUUGCAGUAUCACCUGCAGUUUUAGAGUUGUUGGUGACCAAAUUUGAUAAAACCGGUGGACAUAACAAGGCCAUUGAAUACGAUAACUUCAUUGAGUGCUGCCUCACAGUGAAGGGGCUGACCGAGAAAUUUAAGGAUAAGGACACUGGGUACACUGGUUCAGCAACUUUCACCUAUGAAUCCUUCAUGUUGACAGUUCUGCCUUUUCUGAUUGCAUAGAGAUGAUGUGUACAUGAGUUUGGUUUGUGUGAUGGUUUGUUCGAUAGAAGCCUGCAGGCAGCAGCUUCCAUUUAAAUGGUUUUCGUAUUUAUGCAAUCUUUCAUUUUCAUUAGUUGUAUUUUGCUUAGUAGUAACGUUGGAGCCUGGAGGUAAUCUUGUAUUGUGUCAUGUUUCCUAGUUGCACUUCUCUCCUUCCAAUUUAUAUUUCCUGAAUAAACUCUCUCAUAUAAAGUUUUCUGAGUGAGCAAUA